AUCAUAUGCCUCCUUUGUUAUCUCUCUUCACUCUAUAAUAAUUUCUUUUUUUAGAAAAUGAAGAAUUGUUUCCCUUGUUUUUCCUGUUUCAAAAAAAAGAAGAAGAUAGUUAUACCGGAUAGGGUAAAGGAGCCAGAAGUCAAGAUCCAGCAGAAAGAUGUUCGCAGACGACCUAUUAACAUACAAAAUGCGAGUAAUACGCUCAAUCAGGAUGCCAGUAGCUCAAACGAGACAGUAUCGCAAAAUAAUAGAUUUUUGGAGCAGGCACAAGGUGUCGGUGCGGGUGCUGUUAAUGCUGCUGUGCAGGUCAAAGAUAUUAGUGUUGCUGCUGCUGGGCAGGUGAAAGUUAUAAGUGCCGGAGCGGUUGAGCAGGCAAGAGUUAUCAGUAAGGGUGCGUUUAACCUUCUUCCUAACAGUAUACAAGGGUAUUUUGGAAAGAAGAACGGUAUGAAAGACCAUAAUAGGGUAGUAGUGGGACUGCACCACUGGAAGAAAAACGAGAUGGAACAAAAUAAGAUCAGGCAGGAGAAGGAGGAAGAGAAUAGGAGGCAACAAUAUUUAGCGGAAGAAAAGCAAAGACAAAAUGAGAUCAGGCAGGAGAAGGAGGAAGAGAAUAGGAGGAGACAAGCUUCAGAAAGUAACUCAGGAGGAACCUCAAAGGUGGCAGAAAUCACAGGAAAUUUCUUGACCGCCAUGUCCUCGACACUUGCAUAUGCAUCCUCGAAAGCACUAGGAACUGAACAACCAAGUACAUCAGCGCAAACACAACGACCAAGUACAACGCAAAAACCAUUUCCAACACAAAAGGAAACACGACCAGUUGAAAAGAAAGGGAAGAAACGGCGGUAA